UGGGAUAAAUGGAUGUAUAUGACUUUUCCCCUGCUCUAAAGAGGUUCCAUGUCGUGUUUGGACUGUUCCUGUAUUCUACGUACACGAGUUGAAUCAAUCAGACCAGAAAAGCAAUCUCAGAGCAGCAUCCAUGAAUAUCUGGCUGAUUCUGAUCUAGCCUGGAUUCCCCCAGCUACAGGAGAGAAUGAAAUGAUGUUUUGCUCUUCCAAUGUCUCUCACUAUGAACUCCAGGUGGAAAUAGGAAGGAGAUUCAACAACUUAACUUCAGUCUACCUUGCACGGCAUACACCUACAGGGAUGCAAGUUGCUGUAAGGAUCACAGACCUAGAAAGUUGCUCUGAAGAGCAUUUGAAAGCUUUGCAGAACGAGGUGAUUUUAUCCCACUUUUUCCAGCAUCCCAACAUAAUGACACUUUGGACAGUGUUUACAGCUGGUAAUUGGCUUUGGGUCAUCUCUCCGUUCAUGGCAUAUGGUUCUGCUAGACACCUGCUGAAAACUUACUUCCCUGAAGGAAUGAGUGAAGCUUUGAUAGGCAACAUUCUGUUUGGCGCAAUCAGAGGAUUAAAUUACAUGCACCAAAAUGGCUACAUUCACAGGAAUAUUAAAGCUAGCCACAUUCUGAUUUCAGGGGAUGGUCUGGUUUCUCUCUCGGGCUUAAGCAACCUCUACAGCUUAGUUAACAAUGGACAAAAGUCAAAGGUGGUAUAUGAUUUCCCCCAAUUUAGUACAUCCGUGCUUCCUUGGCUGAGUCCUGAACUACUGAGACAGGAUUUGUCUGGGUAUAAUGUGAAGUCUGACAUUUACAGUGUGGGGAUUACAGCAUGUGAACUAGCCAAUGGACAUGUUCCAUUUCAAGAUAUGCCUCGCACUCAGAUGCUGCUGCAAAAGCUGAAAGGUCCCACGUAUUGUCCUUGGGAUAUAAAUACCUUCCCCCGUGGGGAAUCCAGGAUGAAGAAUUCCCGAUCAGGUGUUGAUUCUGGAAUUGGUGAGAGCAUGACACGCACAAUGACUAGUGAAGGACUGCAAAUUCCCUUUUCCAAAACGUUUUCCCCUGCUUUCCACAACUUGAUAGAACUUUGCUUGCAACAGGACCCUGAGAAAAGGCCAUCAGCAAGCAGUUUGCUUUCGCAUACAUUCUUCAAACAGAUAAAAGAACAAACACGGAGCACAUUAUUGUCCUUGUUACCACCUCCUAUUCAAAGUAACAGAUCAGCAUUCUUGGCACUGCCCUCUCCAGCAAUUGGGACUGAACUUGGAUAUAUUACUGCAAAUCAAAAUGACAUAGACUGGGAAUUCUAAAAAGAUACAAAACCAUCAUACCUCUCCCAUGCUUCAAAGAAGGAAAAUGUGAUUUCUACUUGCUGCUUUACUUUAUGUGGCUAAAAUAUAAUUAGACAAGGUAUACUUGAAAAUGCAGUUGCAGUGGCCAUAUUUCAUUAAUUUCUUCCUCUGUUGGCACCAUGAAGUGCAGUAAAGUCUCACCUUUCUCUGGCUGUAAGGACAACUGUAUAUAGAGAAUAACUGAGCUCGUAUUUCUUUUUUCCAAAAUAUUUUUAACAAGGGGACUCCUGCUGUAUUCUUACACUGUACAGUACUGAAAGUUUUCAGCUCAUAUUGCUAGAGUCCAAGCGCCUUUCUAAGUUCAGGCUUGCAUUUUGUUUAUGACCUUACUUAUUUUAACAGUCUCAUCUGUCUUUUCAUUCUCACCCAAAUUAAUUUAGUGAGGAGGAACUCUCCACUUCCAAGCUUACAUUUGAAAUUACACAAAUUAGUUGCUUGUUUAUGCAAAUAAAUGUUUCUCUUUUCA